AUGGCAACAGUGCGCCACAUGCCGACUGCAACGGCAGAAUCGUGCGACGACGAAGCCGCAACUGCAGCCAGUGCUGUAUGCGGCGGUAAACAUCCGGCGGCGAGGCGUGUGAAUGAGAGCCCGACGUCGGCGUGCAGCGGGGUGCAGCCUGGAAGCGGUGCUGCAGCGGUACAGGGCGUGGCGCAGCGCGGCGAUAAAAAUAGGGCGAGUUACAGCCGCCCUAAUGGAACAGCCCGGCACGAGGCGCGCCAGUCGAAACUACGAGAACAUCACCUGCCGCAGGCCGGAGGCUGCCCAGCUGUUCCCAACAACUCACGCCCUCCUCGAUCGCCUCGCCCACAGAGUGGUUGCCCGGCAGAGCCCCCCGCGCGCGCGUCGUGUUGUACGUCGACGCCCCCGCGAUAUUCGUGCCGAGUGCUCGGCGCGCGCCGCAUUCCAGACCCGCCGCGGGGCAUCGACGCCGCAUGCCAGAAGACGCGGCGGCCCGCCAGCUGCGGCGCUGCCAGGAACACCAGCCUUGACCCACAGCCGUCCAGCGGCCGGCUGAGUCACAGGCGUCCACGCGGCCGCUCCAGUCUGGCCGCAGCCGCCAGGCUGGGAGGCUCGGUCGGACCGCCACGCUUCCAGGCAGGGAACAGCGAAACGCGGAAACGGGGCGGCGCCGGCGCUUCGCGCUAA